AGGUUUAUUUUAUGUGCAGAUAUUUUCGUUCUGCAAUGUGGUACAUUUGGAAAAUAGUAUUUUUACCAAAUGUAGGUGUUCUGGUAUAUGACUCAAUAUUGUUUUAUGCUAAAUGAGGCAUUAUCCUUGUCUUACGUGACGAUAUUAACUGGAUCAAACUAGCUACCACCCCCUCUGUCAACAGACAAGUCCCAACGCGGGAACUUGUGUCCAAACACGUGGUUAUGUCCCUUUCUCAGAAAAAAAUGUCAGGGUGCAUAUUAUAAAAGUUUGGAUGGGAGAUGUGAGCUGGUAACGUGUGGAAGACGUCCGGCCGACUCACCACAAUCAGAUAACGAUGUCAAGAUUCACACAAGGAGCUUCGAGUCGGGGCAUGAUGAGGUCACCCGGGGAGUUCAAGCAAGUGGAGAUAACUCCGGGUACACAAGAGGAGGUGUUCGUGUCCCACAUCACAGACCCAGAGCACUUCUGUGUCCAGCUGGCAAGAUGGAAUGCCGACCUUGAGAGCCUCAUGGAGGACCUUCACCAUCAGUACAGCAGUCUAGAAGGCAGCGCCGGCACCAUGGCGCCUCCAGUCCUGGGGAGUGCAUGUGUCGCCCAGUUCACUGAAGACGAGGAAUGGUAUCGAGCCGUCAUCACAGGUGUUCUGAAAAGUGGGAUGGUGGAAGUGCGGUUCAUAGACUAUGGCAACUCUGAGUGCAUCUCAGCGGAGAAGGUGAAGGACAUCCAGCCAGCCUACCUGGCUCUGCAACCAAUGGCAGUCAACUGUGGACUGAGUGGGGUCACCUCCACACAAGGCUUCUGGCCGCCCGAGUUCACUGCCCAGUUCGAGGACCUGGCCCUGGACCAGACGUUCACAGCCACAUUCAGGGGGAUGAAACCAGAGAAAGGAAUUCUCUCCGUAGAACUGGUUAGUCCUGCAGGGAAGAACAUCAAUGUAGACUUUGGGGCAAGUACAAAUACAACCUGCAUCGAAGAGGUCUCGGCGGGCUGCACCAGGAAGAUACACGUUGGUCAGGGGGACGCAGACAUGCGGGUGACCUUGAACUCCAAUGGCACUCCAGCUUCAAUCCCAGUUGAUGCAGGGGGAGCAUCGUCUCAAGUUAGUAAGGGAAAUCCCCCCACAGUGGAGCUGUACUCAGGCCAUAAUGAAGUCGUGGUGGUGUAUGCGUACACUCCCGGCAGCUUCUGGUGCCAGCUUGUUAACUCUGCCAGUCGACUCGAUGGUCUGACCACUCAGCUGAACAAGGAGUACAACCAGCUGGGUCCCGCCGAGCUCAGUCUUCAGACAGCUUCAGCAGGAAUGUUGUGUGCAGCCAGAUUCUCGGAAGACCUUCAGUGGUACAGAGGAGUGAUUCAGACUGUGGACCGGGAUGAGAUGGAGGUGUAUUUUAUUGACUAUGGCAACACGGAGAGGAUUCCUCUGAGUUCUGUGAAGGAUCUGAAACCUGUGUUUCGAAGUGAACCAGCUCAAGCUAUCAAAUGCAUGUUAUCCAAUUUGAAGAGCAGCUCUCAAGCCUGGAGUGAUGCCUCGGCGGAGAUGUUUGAAUCUCUUACCCUUGACAAGCAUCUGCUGGCUGUCCCGGAUGGGAGGACUGUUGAUGGAAGGGUUCCUGUGCGCUUGAAGGAUCCUGUCGAGAGUUUUGACAUUGCAGAGAGAAUGGCAGAAGCCAGUCAUGGGACCUUGAUUAAAAGUAACAUUCCGAGAGUGCCUGUGCAUAUAGCUAAGCAACUAACCUUUCCUAGGCCUGAUAUAACAUUGACUAGUCAAGCAGAAGUGUUUGUGUCUUGGGUGGAAAAUCCUGGACUAUUUUGGGUUCAGUUAAGCAGCAGUCAGACACAGCUGGACAACCUUGUGGAGAAGGUGCAAGAGAUCUACUCCGCUGAGGCAACGCCAGUCCGGAGCAUCCUCCCUGGUAUGGCGGUCGUCGCCCAGUAUUGUGAGGACGAUGCGUGGUACCGUGCACUGGUCACCACAAUGAGGGGCAAGAAGGUCGAUGUCCUGUUUGUGGAUUUUGGGAACAGUGACACUGUGAAUGCAGACACCUUGAAGGAAGUGUCUCCCCACAUUACCAACGUACCUGUGCAAGCCAUUCAGUGCAGUCUUAAUGGAGUCCGGCCACUCGCCUCGUCUCCAGCUUGGACAGACAAUACCAAAUAUGUCCUAGAGGACAUUACUAAAGACGGUGCUGUGUGUACCUUCAUGUCACAACAGAAUGGGUCCUACACAGUGAAACUGGAGGUGAAGGGUCAAGAUGUGGGAGCAGAAAUUGUGUCAGCAGGAGUUGCCCAACAAGUGAAAGAGAGUGCGUCUGAAUCGAAGAAGUCCCCUGCAGCCAUGAUGAAGUCCCCUGCUGUCAUGAAGUCGUCUGCAGCCAUGAUGAAGUUCCCUAACACAGUGUCUGUACGUGUGGGUCAGACCGAGACAGGGUUUGUGUCGCACAUUGAUUCCCUCGACAGUUUCUGGUUCCAGCUGUCAAACAUGAUGCCUCAGUUGGACCAUCUGAUGGAGGAACUGGAAGGCUUCUACAAUCAGGGCAACGCCAUCCAGCUGCCAAGCCCUCAGCCUUCCAUGGCAGGAGUUGCCAAGUACAGCGAGGACUUGUCCUGGUACCGUGCUCAGGUGCAACACGUCGACAAAAGUGGUGUCAAUGUUUUUUUUGUGGACUACGGCAAUUCCGAGUUGGCAAUUCCAAGUAAUGUUUGUGCGAUUGGUUCCCAGUUCCUUACACUCCCCACACAAGCCAUUCACUGUAAGCUGGCCUUGACCUCUGGCGCCAGUGUGGAGAUGAUCGACACAUUCCAUGACCUUGUGACAGAGAAAGAAGUGCAGCUGACGGUGGCAGCAGUUGACAGGGAUGCACAUGUCGUGGAUGUGGCACUGUCUGGACAAUCCAUCACAGAGACCAUGAAGAAAAUGUUUCCAGCCCUCCAAGACUCUCCACCAAAAUCUGCCCGACCCUCGGCCUCCAGACGACUGGACUACCCGGCGCCUCAUCGGCCCGCUGGCAAGACACAGCAAGUGUUUGUAUGCCUGACAGAAAGUCCGGGGCAGUUCUACGUUCAUCUGUCUCACAUUGACGGCGACCUGCAAGGACUGAUGGAGAAACUGACUGGUAUCUAUGGAUACGGAGCGGGCACACUGCUGGAUGAGCCACAGUGUGGUCAGCCAUGUUGUGCUCGGUUCUCCGAGGAUGGACAGUGGUACCGAGGCAGGGUGACGUCUUCUCAAGGAAAUAAUGUAACCGUUCACUUUGUCGACUACGGCAAUUCGGAUGUCGUAAAGGGGGAAGAUAUUAAGAUCCUCUCUCCUAACAUGCUCUCACCAGGACCCUAUGCUCUUGAGUGUGCCCUUGAACAGGCUGACCCAGUGGCCGGAGUGUGGACAAAGGAUGCUAUUGCCUACUUUGAAACUUUAACAGCAGAGAAAGAAAUCACAUGUACCUUCAAGCAAGGCAAGGAUGUUGUGUUGUUAGUUGAUGGUGUAGAUGUGGUGCAGAAGUUGCAAGAGAAAGGCUUCCUAAAGACCGAUAUGAAUGGGCCAGAGAAUAGCGAGUUGUCCCUGAUUUACAACCCCCAGACCGUCCCCUCCCAGCCCAACUCAGCCUACGUGACGCACGUGGAAGAGAACGGGAUCUUCUAUGUGCAGCUGUCGUCCGCAGAGGACCUGGUCACCGAGCUCUCAGAGAGACUUCAGGAGCUGUAUAACUCCGACGGGGUGAGUGCACUGACCUCCAGUGUCAAGGGGACGCCAUGUUGUGCCAAGUUCACGGUGGAUGCCGCCUGGUACCGAGCAGUCAUAGAGAGUGUACAAGGGGGAACAGUGCGUGUUCGGUUUGUAGACUUCGGCAACUCUGAUACCAUCAGUAAAGAAAGUGUAAAGUCUCUAGAAGUGGACUUUUUCACAGUUCCACCACUAGCGUUUCAGUGCAGGCUGCAGGGCAUGGCAACAUGGCAGGGAGACCAGAAGCAGAAGUUCUCUGAAGUCACGGAAGACAAGGAGCUCACUGUCCGAUUUGUCACCAAGACGGCACCAUACACAGUGGAACUGAGCCAUGGCUCUCAGAAUCUCAUGAAGCAUCUGAUGCCAGAUCUUACGUCACCCCCCAGGAGGUCUGUUAGCUCCCCCUCUCCCCCUAGAAAUAACUUCACGUCACCCCCUAAAAAUAACUUUACAUCUCCCCCCAGAUCUGAUCAUGCUUCUCCAAAGAAGGCAUUUUCACCCCCUCAAUCGCGGGACAGUCCAAGAAAGACGCAGUCUCCCAAGAAAUCAUUUGGAUCUCCUUCGUCAAAUGUUCAUUCUGAGAGAACACCUUUUGGUUCUCCACCACCAAGGGAAGAACCUCGCAAACAAACCAGAUCCUUUGGGUCACCUCCAUCAAGGCAGGAAUCUAGGGGAAACCAAAAGAGACCUUUUGGAUCACCUCCAGAGAAGGCAGCGCAGACACUAGAGAAGAUUCCCCCUGGGGAACAAGUCUAUGUACCCCAAACUGUCCCAGGUGAGGAAAUUGUUACCUGCAUCUCCCACGUGGAAGGAAGUGAUGUAUAUCUGCAGCAGACCAAGGUCCUGAAUACAGUCCUGGCCUUCAGCAACAAGAUUGAGAAGUUGCCCAUUAACGCCGUGUUGCCAGCUGUAGGUCUCGCUUGUGGGGCAUUGUUCUCGGACGAUGGCACAUGGUACCGUGCACAAGUUACACAGGUGGUAGGCGACAAGGUGUCUGUGGUGUUUGUGGAUUUUGGAAACUCAGAUGUUGUUGCUCCAUCGAAGUUGAAACAGCUGAGCAGAGAGCUGUUAGGUGUGGCUCCCAUGGCCUACUGCUGCCGCCUCAACGGCGUCGGAACUCUCACGUCGGAGCUCCAGCAUGUGCUGGGAGAAGAAGCUGCUGAUAAAGAAAUCGGUGCCAAGUUUGUUUCUCAGGAAAUCCCUUACACUGCUGUGAUGAAGAUUCAGCGGGGAAAGGAUCUAGCGGAGAUCCUCUGUCCGAGUCGGCCCCCGGCGCAGAAAACCCCAAGUCAGGUACAACCUGGAGUCGUGUCCAACAUCUCCUCCGAUGGAACCUUCUAUGUACAGCUCCUCAAGGACGAAGCAGACUUGAGGAAAAUUGAAGAGGACCUGAAAUCUGUCUAUGCAAAAGGUACAAUUGAUAAGCUUGAUGCUCUGCAGAAUGGACAGCCAUGUUGUGCCAGGUUCCCGGAGGACCAGUCCUGGCAGAGGGGUAUGGUGAAGGACAUUGAGGGAAGCAGUGUUCAGGUGGACUUCAUUGAUGUCGGUUUUUCCAAGAGAGUGAACUCAGCCUAUGUACAAGCGAUUCCUAGGAAGUUCAUGCUCAUUGCUCCCUAUGCUUAUCAAUGUAUCCUCAAGGAUUUCACCAGCUGGACGGAUGAGCAGAGGGACAAGUUUGUCAGCAUGACCGAUGGGAAAACAAUGAAUGUCCAGUUUUUGUCACAGACAGCUCCCUAUAAAGUCGAGUUAACGAGAAGUGUGGGGCUGGAGCUGUUAGAUGAAGAACCCGCCAUGCGGAGAGUGUCGGUCACCAGUUCCCCAGACACAGGAGACACACCAGCACCUCCCAGUUUCCCGGACCAAAACGUUAGCGGGACUCACACUGGGUUCCUGGCGUACAUGGAAGUGGAUGGGUCGUUCUACCUUCAGUUGUCCAGUGAAGAGGACAAGCUGACAGAGUUGACAGAAGCUCUACAAGCAGAAUAUUCCGAAACUGGUGGAGAGAGGAUCUUUGGUCUGAAACCUAGCAUGGUGUGCUGCGCCAAGUUCACUGAAGAUGACACUUGGUACAGAGCGGUCGUGGAGUCGACUGCUGAGGAGCAGGUCACAGUACGCUUUGUGGACUACGGUAACACAGAUGUUCUGAUGAUGGAGAGACUGGCUGUGCUGACAGCUGGCAACAUGUCAACCCAUCCUCUAGCUUAUCACUGCACGCUGGCCGGAGUGAAGGCCUGGUCACAGUCGCUAGUGGAGACGUUUGACGAGGCUGUGAAGGAGAAGAGGCUGACGGUGACGUUCAAGACGUGGGCCCCGGCGUACAGUGUGGAGGUGAAGCUGGAGGACGAAGAUGUCGGCGUUCUGCAGCUGCUUCAGGAGGAGAUCACAGAGGCGGCCAACACAGGUGGCUUCCGGCAGAUGAAGCUGGUCCCAGGGGAGAGAGUGCAGGUCUACGUCAGCCACGUGGACUCUGUCCUCAACUUCUGGGUGCAGACGGUCACAGCGGAGCACAGCCUCGCUGAAGUAGCAGCAGCAAUAAGUGAAGGCUAUGAGACUCCACAAGCAACGCAGGGCUGGCUGAAGGAGGGAUGUGCUGUGAUUGCCCGGUACGCUGAAGACGAGCAGUGGUACCGCGGCACGGUCAAGACUGUUAGCCAGGAGACAUGCAGGGUGCAGUUUGUGGAUUAUGGCAACUCGGAUGUAGUGGUCAAGGCAAACAUCUACGCCAUCAAGCCGGAGCACCUGAAGCUACCGGUGCAGGCCGUGAGCUGCAAGCUGUGUUGUCUGGCCGUGGUCGACGGCAAGGAAGAUGCCGCCAUGGAUACCCUGUUCGAGGUCACCAAUGAGAAGGUGUUGUCGCUGGAGGUUGUGCAGAGGUUGAGAGACGGGGAUGUUCGGUACAGUGUGGAGUUGUAUGAUGGUGAUGUCGAUGUGAAGAAGAAGCUGCUUAAUGAUGGGCUGUGCUGUGUCACAGAGGGUGGUGGUGGAAGUUGUGUAGAUAGCAAGGGGGUUGAAGCAGUCACAGAGGGUGGUGGUAGAAGUUGUGUAGAUAGUGUCGUUUCUGAUAAUUCCCCAAAAGACCAAAUUUUAACUGACAUUGAAGAAUUGGACACAAGUCCAUAUCCAUACACUGUCAUGGAACUUCAAGAGGGCCAGAGAAUCUCGAUCCACAUCAUCCACACUGUCACACCGAGUGAGUUCUACAUCCGAUCUGAAAGCUCGAAGCAUGGUGUGGACGAGUUGACGGAAAAUAUGUUUGAAUUUUACAAUGAUCUGGCAGAAGGUGACAUGGUAAUAGAAGCUCUGCAGUCAAGACAGAUGUGUGCGUGUGCAUGCGGUGAUGACGAGGCCUGGUGUCGAGGCAAGGUGUGCUGGGUGAAGGAAGGACAGUGUCGGGUGUUCUGCGUGGACUUCGGCACAUCAGACACUGUGGCGUGUUCUGCUGUGAGGCAGCUCCCGGAACAGUUCCAGACGCUGCCAGCUCAGACUGUACUGUGUUCCCUGGCCGGGGUCCGCGCUGCGGAGGGUGUCUGGAGCCCAGCAGCCAUCGAGUUGUUCGGAGAGCUGACUGCAGACAAGACGCUGAUCAUGGACAUCUUGAAGGUUGGGGAAGACGGCAGCUGCGUCGUCCAUCUGCUGCACAUGGGGCUGGCGGUGAACCAGGUGCUACUGGAGAAGAGCCUCGGCGUGGACGCCGCCACACCUGUCACUGUGAGCCGCAAAGUGAAGCGCAUCUUCUCGGACUCACUGGACACCCCUAUCAAGCUGGUACUGGAGCCAGACACAGGGCAAACGGGGGAAUCAGCGGAGGAAGUCAUCAAGCCGACAGUCUUGGAUGUAGGAGAAGAGUAUAAGGUGAUAGUCAGCCAUGUUGUGUCUCCAGACCACUUCUUCUGUCAGCUGAGCAUCUCCGUGACCAAGCUUCACCUUAUCACGGAGCAACUGCAGACUGCCUGCACCGACAUGUCUGAGGUGGUGGGUGUGGAACACCUGACUGCCGGCCAUGUUGGCGUGGCACGAGUAGGGGGACAGUGUUACCGUGCCAGGUUGGUGUCCGUGAGGCAAUCAGACUGUGAUGUUCAGAUGGUGGACUGGGGUAGGUCAGAAACCAUCUCGGUGUCUGAUUUCCUCGUCUUGAAGCCCGAGUACUCUCAACUCCCCUGUCAGGCCUUCCGCUGUUGUUUGACCGAAGUCAGUCAUGAUGGUGAAGGCUGGACAGAAGAGAGCUGUUCUCGCUUUCAGAAGCUUGUAGAGGACAAGGAAGUUACUUUGAGUGUCAUUUCUGAUCUGGACAGCAGCUGUGUUGAAGUGGAUCUGGUUUGUGAUCAGAAGUCGGUUGGUCAAACACUGGUGCAAGAACAGCUAGCAAUAAUCAAGGAGGAUGACGAAGAUGUUAUUUUACAGCGUAUUGAAGCAUUUAUAGACCCCUUCCCCAUCACAGAGUUGCGGGAUGCAGCUGACAAGAAGGUGAUGACUGCUGAGAGGGAGGACGGCUUCCAGUAUCUGCAGCUGGGGAUGGAGAAGGACUACAGCAUUGAGUUGGGCCAGGACUCCAUCUUGGACAAGUUUGUCCUUGACCUUACAGAUGUCACCAAGCAAGUGGAGGUCAUGAUGGAGGGUAUUCGGAAGUACAUUGACAGUGAGGACGCAGCAGAGGGGGAUGGGGACUGGGAGCCGGUGUGUGACAAGCCCUGUCUGGUGGAGAAGCAGGGAGAGAAGGUCUGGUACAGGGGGAAGAUGGUGGCGGUGGAGGGCACCGUCUACAAGGUGUACUUGGUGGACUACCAAGAGACGCUAAGCUGUGCGCGGGGGGAGCUACGGAGGAUGCCUCCCCAGUUCCUCAAGGUCCCUGUGAAUGGCUUCGAGUGUCAGCUUGCGGACGUGGCACCUGUCGAUGGGGCGUGGUCACAGGACGCCAUCACCCACUUCCAUGACAUCGCGCGUGACUCGGUGCUGGCUGCGUUUCUGGUUUCCCAGUCUGAGGAGGGUGUGCACUACGUGCGACUCCACGACAGCGAGGACCUCGGCAGCUCCACGGUCAACCGGCAGCUGGUGGACCUGGGGUGUGCGCUGCCGCUGCCGGGGUCGCUGGUGGAGAUGGAGCUGGAGAUGGAGGAGGCGAACGCAGACAUCAUGGAGGAGAUGGAGCAGUCCUUCAACGACGUGUCCUACCAUCGGGAAAACUCUCUCGGGGAGGAAUGUGACUCAGAUCAUGUUGACUCCAAUGACCUUGGGCUGACCUUCAACACCACUGGGCACUCCAUGCUUGACCAGACCGCCGACACCACACAUGAAGCUGACACCACUCUUGAGCUAGUUGGAGGACACGUCAUGCUUGAUUCAGACCGGGAAACGGAAACUCCGAAACCAGGAGCUUCAGAUGACAGUGUUCGUAUGUGUGGAGAAAUAGUCGGUCAGCUUAUGGAGCAGAGCAAGGACAUCGCAGAGGCUGCCAGACACAGAAUUUGUCAGGGCAUAGUUGAGGACCUAGUGACUUUGAGUGAGGCUUGUUGUGAUGAAAGUGAGGCUGAAGCUGUUAAAACACGGAGAGAAGAUACAAGCGAGAACGACAGGGAAGAGGCUGACAAGGCCGAGUCUGAGCAGCAGCAGCCUGAGGAGCAUGAAGCACAGGCCCCACAGGCCCCACAGGAGCAGGGGGACUUCUCCGAAUGUGACAUGGCGCCAGCCAGGGAGGGAAGACCAGAGUCGGACUCCGCUUUCGGAACAGGGGAGAAGACAGAGUCAGAAGAUAAUGUUUUGGAAGAACGGACUGAAUCAGAUUCUUUCAAGGGUUCAGCACAGCCUGCAGACGGUGGUUUGACGGAUAAAAUGGAGUCUGACUCAGCCCAGGGUUCAGUACAGCCUGCAGACGGUGGUUUGACGGAUAGAAUGGAGUCUGACUCAGCCCAGGGUUCAGUACAGCCUGCAGACGGGGUUGUGGAAGACAGAACAGAGUCUGACUCGGCCCAGCAAGGAUCAGAUGAGGCUGCAGAAGACUGUCCUGAGUGUGAGAAGGAGGAGGACGAGGAGUUCUGUGAUGCGGAGGGUGGUGGGGCAGAAGAGGACAAUGAUGCGGUGGGUGGUGGGGCCGAGGAGGACAAUGAUGCGGUGGGUGGUGGGGCCGAGGACGACAAUGAUGCGGUGGGUGGUGGGGCCGAGGAGGACAAUGAUGCGGUGGGUGGUGGGGCCGAGAAGGACAAUGAUGCGGUGGGUGGUGGGGCCAAGGAGGACAAUGAUGCGGUGGGUGGUGGGGCCGAGGACGACAAUGAUGCGGUGGGUGGUGGGGCCGAGGAGGACAAUGAUGCGGUGGGUGGUGGGGCCGAGAAGGACAAUGAUGCGGUGGGUGGUGGGGCCAAGGAGGACAAUGAUGCGGUGGGUGGUGGGGCCGAGGAGGACAAUGAUGCGGUGGGUGGUGGGGUCAAGGAGGACAAUGAUGCGGUGGGUGGUGGGGCCGAGGAGGACAAUGAUGCGGUGGGUGGUGGGGUCAAGGAGGACAAUGAUGCGGUGGGUGGUGGGGCCGAGGAGGACAAUGAUGCGGUGGGUGGUGGGGUCAAGGAGGACAAUGAUGCGGUGGGUGGUGGGGCCGAGGAGGACAAUGACGCGGUUCAUGGUGGGGCCAUGGAGGACAAUGAUGCGGUGGGUGGUGGGGCCGAGGAGGACAAUGAUGCGGAGGGUGGUGGACCGUAAUGCUAAGAGCGGAGAGGUUGAGGAUGAUCGUGUUCACAGGACUGCAGCAGAGUGUGAUGAGGAUGAAGACACUGCAGCAGCAAGUCUCCUGGCCGCGGAGGAGGAUCAUUAAUGCUGUUCCAUGUUGUGUUGUUCAAGGUUUCUCCUGAGGGUUGUGUUAUCUGAGACUUGGACUCGGUAAUGUGAUGAUGAAGAAAAACAAAAGGGUUAUUUUGUCUGAUCUUGUUGUGAAUCUGUCUUUUUUAACAUUAUUUAAGGAAAAAUAUUUGUGGUAAUUCUAGUCCUUUACUGAAUGUGAUCUGUUUGUGAAGAUGACAACAUCACUGCUCUAUUCACCCUCCAUCACGUCAGAGUCACUCCAACUCCUGGUUGUCCACAUGCAUGGCCUGUGCCUCUCUCGUCUUCUAAUUUAAACUAUCAACAGUCUGUCAAAAGAAUUGAAAUAUUAGGAGAUGCAGAUGUUUGCAAAUGUGAUUUUUGUUCCUUGUUCCUUUGGAUGGUAGUUUGGUAGUUAGGAUUACCUACCUUAACAGAGGAAGAUCUUUCCCUUGGCUAAAUAUCACCUUGCACUGUGAGAAAGGUAUUGGUUUUACACUACAAGCUGAAGUAACAAAGUACCUCAGUAUUAGCUAAUGGAGAAAGUCGACAUUGCAUCUAAGACUUGUUGUAUAAUCAGGAUUCCGUUGAAAUAUUUAGGAAUGUUUUGAAAUAUUUUUUUGUUUUUAUUUGAAAGCAUUGGAUGAAUGAAUAUAGAUUGAAGAAUCCCUUCAUUAGUUUUGUUGAGACAAUUCUUGUUGCAAUAAGACCACUGUAAACAGUUCUUUCCCAUACAUUUAGUGUUAAUUUGAAAUUACAAUAUUUGAAACUUUCAAUAUAUUUCUCAACACUAAUACAUAUUGACAUAAACUUUUCUUCAGUUAAGGCACAGCCAUAUUUGAUAUUUUGGCACAGACCCUAGAUGGCAGGUUAGAGUUAUACAUAGUGGUACUGCAUGCAGCCUCCAGUUGAUGAGGAUGUCAUGUUACAAUGGAGUGAGAGACUCAAACAGACAGAAUGUCAUGUUUUUGGUAUAGUAUGGGUUUAAGCAUUAGGGAUCAGAUUUCUUUGGCGUUCGUAGUUUUUUAGUUUCAUGUUUUGAACUGAGGGUGGUUGUCAUAACGAUCACUGGAGACCUGUUUGGAGAUUCAAAGUCUCUCUGGUUUCUCUAUUUUUGAUGAUUUUGAUUCACAGAAAUCUACUAAAAGAUCGGAAACACUAUUGUGAGGUUUAUUGGGGAGUAAAAUGACUCUUUGAGAAGACUAAGAAUUGUGAAAAGUAUUUGGCAAGAUCUAACAACUUAAUUGUAGCAGAGUACAUUUGUGUGUGUGAUAUCACACCAGUAAACACUUGACAGCGUCGUUUCAUAUACCAGUAAACACUGGACAGUGUGUGAUGUCAUACCAUUAAACACUGGACAGUGUGUGAUAUCACACAAGUAAACACUGGACAAUGUAUGAUGUCAUACCAGUAAACACUGGACAGUGUGUGAUGUCAUACCAGUAAACACUGGACAGUGUGUGAUGUCAUACCAGUAAACACUUCACAAUGUAUGAUGUCAUACCAUUAAACACUGGACAAUGUGUGAUGUCAUACAAGUAAACACUGGACAGAGUGUGAUGUCAUGCCAGUAAACACUUGACACUGUGAUGUCAUACCAGUAAACACUUGACACUGUGUGAUGUCAUACCAGUAAACACUUGACACUGUGUGAUGUCAUACCAGUAAACACUGGACAGUGUGUGAUGUCAUCAACGCUUGACUCUGUGUGUGUGUAUAUAUCAUAUAUUGUACCAGCAAGCACAUAAUGUCAUAUUGUGUUGCUCCAGACAAGCAGUAGACUAUGGGCAUUAAACGGGCAUUGACGAUUGAAUGUUUACUUUGCUAUCUGAACGUUGGUGUGAUAAGGAGGCUAGUCCACUUGAUGAUGUGAUGCCAUGUUGAAGUGGUGGGCGUGUGAUUCAGCCAGUGUCAGAGAAGGCUCAGGCUAAGGGAUGCACAAUGUUUGUCAUGUCUAAGACACAAAACACAUGUUAAAUGGAAGAAACAAGUUUUGUUUGUCAAAAGAUAAUUUCUGAAAUAUUUACUCUAUUCUUUUAUUUAUGUUUUUACCAAACCUGAAAGAAGAUCAAGACAAUUUUAUUCAUUUUAACAAUAUUACUUCUUGACACUUGUACCAUGGAAAAUACAGUUGAAGUCAAUGCUUGUUGUAGUCCGACUCCACCUGUCUCCUGAGGUCAAGGUAGUAAGUCACAGGAUGCACGAAUGGAGGACAGACUAGAGUCUGCUUGUACACAUUCCCAGUGGUGUUUGUCCGGAGUACAGGAUGCACGAAUGGAUGACAGACUAGAGUCUCCUUGUACACAUUCCCAGUGGUGUUUGUCCGGAGUACAGGAGGCACGAAUGGAUGACAGACUAGAGUCUCCUUGUACACAUUCCCAGUGGUGUUUGUCCGGAGUACAGGAUGCACGAAUGGAUGACAGACUAGAGUCUGCUUGUACACAUUCCCAGUGGUGUUUGUCCGGAGUACAGGAGGCACGAAUGGAUGACAGACUAGAGUCUCCUUGUACACAUUCCCAGUGGUGUUUGUCCGGAGUACAGGAUGUCCAGAGGGGUCAGGACUAACAAGCUGUCACUGUAUAUGUACUGUUUAAUGGGGGCUGACUUUCUAAGACAAAGUAGUGUUAGAAUUUAUAUCCUACCUUAGCUGCAGUCCCGGAGCUAUAUCCCGACAUGGGUCUGAAGCUGAAACCACUGUCUGUCAGGCUGGAACGCUCUGUGCACGAUGUUGCCAAUGGCAUCUGUUCCAGUCUCAUGUGGUUGUAAUGGGACCGGGCGGCCGGGUAGCCUAGUGGUUAAAGCGUUUGCUCGUCACAACUAAGACCCGGGCUCGAUUCCCGACAUGGGUACAAUGUGUAGAGCCCAUUUCUGGUGUGCCCCGCCAUGAUAUUGCUGGAAUAUUGCUAAAGGCGUCGUAAAAACAUAUUGACUCCCUUGUAACAGGACCACCUACACUGGAAACCAACACAUUGGCCGGUUGUCCCGACUGUCACAUGCAGAGUGUCUGGAGUAUCUGUACCAUGGGGUGGGAUACAAUGUUUAGAUUCCGGAUUUAAGGAAAAACAAUUCUUCCGGGAUAUAUAUGUUUACACACACAAAUAUGUGUUGUGAAAGUAAAAUGUGUAGAUCCGCUCCCGUCAGAAGUAAAAAAUAAAGAUCGGCUCACGUCAGAGAAGUAAAAUAUGUGUCCUGAAGCAGUGACCGAAAAUUUAACGAAAGUAUCUUUACAAAACACCCCCCAAGUUAAUAUGGUCUGUCCUUAUGCUAUUCCUAGUUUCAAAGGGGACACGGGAGACCCUGUCAUCGAAGGCGCGGUACUUCGCCUGCAGAGUUGCGUGCCUUGUUCACACCAGAAACCUGUGAUUGUGGCUCGACCGGAUUAUAUUUCUUGGUUUGUAAGCACCAUACCCGUCCUGUGGGUUUCACCAAAGUGCUUAACGUCUAAGACCUGUAUUACUUCGGGCUUUUCUCUGACAUUAAGCUGAAACGCCGUGAUAUAACUGGAAUAAUGUUCACAGUGGUGUUAAACCCCAAUCACUCUUCUUAUUUCAUAAACAAAAGAAUUUCAAAACAACUUUUUAGUGCGAUUUCAAACCUGAAUACGACCUGAAACGAAUGAUUUUAUGAAUUUGAAUGAUCUGUUUUGAAAUGCCAUCUUAAGACCAUCUUAUGUUUCAAUUCUUGGUCACGUGUCACCUGUGCGAUACCUUUGGGCGGUAUGCUAAUAUGUCCUAUUCCACACGGCAACAAGUGAGUUGGCCUCACAUGGCGGAGAAGCCGUGUCCUGUUCAAAUGAUGGCCAAAUUAUCGAAAUGAUUAGGAAAUGACAAGGCAGAUCAUGGGAUCGUCGUCUAACGACCAGCUUUUCAUGACACGCGUGAAACAAUUGCUUGAAUGCUGGGGAGUUUCCCAUAGCUGCUGUGUGGAGGAGGUCCUAUUGUUUGUCGUGCGUAUCCCGGGACGUAGCUCUGGGACAAAAAAAAAUGUGUGCCUCCUCUGAGAAUGGGCUCCCGAGUGUGUGCUCGGCCGCUGUAGUUGGGACAGAUCCACACGGUUGUUCCACUGUAAGAGGCAUGUGUUGUAUACUACAGGCCUGCAAGGUUGAAUUCCUUUGUGUUGAUUGAGAACUAUUGACUGCUGUAUGUUGCUUUUAUGUUAGUGCUGAAGUUUACAAUUACAUUUGUCAUUGACCGUUCAUGUCAAUAAAUUACAGAAUAACGCUA